UAAUCGAGUGAUAAAGAUUAUCUGAGGAAUUUAAAAUGUUGAGUGAGGAGGAGUGAAGAAGAGGAGAUCUGGGCCUUCGGAAAGAAUCAGAAAUUUGUAAAGGUUAUCCAAGGAACUUAUAUAGAAUCCUUGAGCUUAUUUGAGAGUUUAAAAUGCUGGGAAGAUGAGGUAGAAAGAGCCGUUGGAAAGGAACACGCGCUACCUGCAUAAGGAUGUAGUUGCAAAGGCAAUACCCCAAAAUACCAACUGAACUGAACUGAACGCAGGCUUUCUAAUUAUAAUAUGACAGGACAACUUAAAUGUGACUGUGUUGCAGAGAAGAACCUAACUAGAGUGACGUCAGAACCGGUGUAGCAUAGCUACAGUUGCCGCAGCCAUGGCUGGAAGGUUUUGGCGGGAGGCAGCCUCACUAAUGGUGGUGGGACGUGCAGCCAAUGCAAAUUCCAAGAUUCCCAAGGAAGGCUUUGAGCUGCUCUUUUUGAAACGCAAUGAAAAGAGUUCUUUCUUGCCAAACUCGUAUGUGUUUCCAGGUGGAGUCAGCGAACCUUCAGAUUUCUCAGAGGAAUGGUUUGAUGUAUUCAAGAAAUGUGGGUACGAACCAUCUAGUCUGCUCAAGGAAUUUAGAACCAAUGCACCUCCACCGAUGAUGUAUUCCAACAAGACGUACCCCAUCAUACCAGAGAUUGGUUUCAGGAUAGGAGCCACAAGAGAGGCCUUUGAGGAAUGUGGCCUAUUAAUCACACAUCACUUCCCCUUCAAAACCCUGGACAAGGUGGAGCUUGGUAAAUGGCAGAAAAAUGUGCACCAGGAUGCUUCACAAUUUGUUGUGAUGUUCCAAGAGCUGGGUGGGUGUCCUGGCAUCUGGGACCUGCAUGAGUGGAUAUCGUGGCUCACACCAACACACCUGAGUCGCAGAUUUGACACAGCCUUCUUCAUAACCUUCAUGGAAAAAAUACCCAACAUUUUUGCUGAUGACAAAGAAGUUGUUGAUGUAAAGGUGGUAUCUCCUUCAGAAAUUAUGAAGCAGUGGCACAGUGGAGCCAUCAACCUGCCACCACCUCAGAUUUAUGAAGUGAGCCGUCUGCUUAGUAUUGACUCAUAUGAUGACCUGGAGAAGUUUGCUCGUGAGCGGGGAAAGAAGGGCAUGGAUCAUUAUUUUCCCGUCAAAAUUUUCACCAAGAAUGGAUUUGUUUCUUGCUUGCCAGGAGAUGAUCUGUAUCCUGAAAAGCCAGACUAUACAGGGGAGCAAGCACAGCUCGUGGUGCAGGAGUCUAUAGAGGAAUUAAGAGGCCUUGCUCUGAAUCAUCAUAGAAUGGAAAUGAAAGAGCAUAAUGUGAAAUUAUUUGUAAAUAUUACUCCAAAAUAUGGACAUAUAUCUGUCAAAAAUGCCAUGGAAAUAAUGUCACAGUUGUGAAAUUAUGUAAAGUUUGCCACAUGGACAAUUGUCUAAGUAUUGCUUGUACUAAUACUAUACAAGAUAGUAUAAUACAGGGUGUUUCAAAAGUAUAUGUCAUAUUAUGACACUAUGAAGAUAUGAAUAUCCUAAUAACUAUGGAGGAUAUCAAAACAAUUUAUAUAUCCUGAAAGCUAACAUUUCCAAGUUUCUGUAAUAAAAAAAACAACUCAAAAGUGCAAGAAAUUAUUCGUUUACUAAACUUUUUUUACAGCUGUUCAGCAUGUGACGCAGGUUACACAACACACAUCCAAACCAUAGUCCAUUUCUUGCCGCCAAAAUUAACAAAAGAAAACUUGACAAUAUAACCUUUUUAAAUGGUACUAGUUUUGUCUUGCUUCUCUAUUUGGCAAGAAAUGGACUAUGACUUGGACAUUUUUUUUGGACAUGGACAUAUGUUGUGCAAGUCACCACACACAUUAAACAUCUUAGUUUAGUAAAAAAAAUAAUUUCUUGCAUUUUUUAGUUCUUUUUUCAUAUAGAAACUUGAAAAUAUUAGCUUUCAGGAAAUUUAAAUUGUGUUUUGAUAUAAUACUCCAUAGUUAUUAUUUAUUACUCCAUAGUUAUUGAGAUAUUAAGUGUCAAUGUGACAAACUUUUGAAACACCCUGUACAAUGCUAAUACUAGCAGUUGUAAUACUAGACAAAAUAGUAUAAAUACUAACUACUUUCUUGUAUUUCUGCAGGAAAUUUACUAUUUCUAUGUACAUUACAAGUGAUUAUUACAUACUAGAGGGAACUUCUGGGCGACAUGGAAAUGCUCUCACCCAGCAAACCCAGCCUAUUCUGAUCUGAUCGUCUUUCUGGUUAUUCUUCCCUUCCAUAAAUAUUUGCUGUACAUAAAGCUGCACUUACUAAUUUCCUGUGCUUGUGUGCUGCCCAGCUAAACUUGAGGCUGCCUCGAGUUUCAAUACUAUGUUGACAGGAGAGAGCUUUUUACAGCAGUGUUCGCAGUGUGAGACUUUAGAAUGAAUGCAUGGCCUUAGUGCAACUGCAGCUUAGCAGGAGGGAGCUUUUUUAUAGCAGUGUUCACGGUAUGGGACCGGGACCUUAGAGUGUGUGGCCUUAAGUUUGACUGAUAGCCAACAAAGGUAGUACCCACAUUGAGGGUGAGGUCAGAUUGUAGAUAUAUAGGGUGAGGGGUGACUAUUCAGGUUUGUAUAUAUAAAAUUAGUGACAAUUAUAUAUUUAAGGUUGUAUAUACAUAUAUUAGUUGUAUAUACAUAUAUUUUAUACAAGUGACAAUUAUAUAGGGUGACAUUUGUAUAUAUGUUGAGCCUCAUGAUUAAGGGGUUAUUCAGACCUUAUGAACUAAAGUUUUAUUAAUAUUUUUUGUAUUCAAAAGUAUUGUAUUCUAAAAAUUUUACAAAUCAUGAAAUUUUGUAUUCACAAAUUGAGAUUAUUCACGAGACUUCCUUUGUAUUAAAAUAGGCUUCCUCAGUCUUCCAAUAUAUUAGACGUAAAAAAACUUUAUAUAGACUAUAUAUUUUUAACACCAGUAAAUUUUAUAAUCCUCCCAAGAGACUCCUUGAACACUACCAUUAAAUUUUAUAAUCCUUCCAUACUCCUUGGACACUACCUACCUACCGCAGCGCCAUGUCAGGUGACUUUUGCGACAAUGGAGUGCCACACUCUUCUGUUCCUAGCCAACUCCACUACUUCCAUCUUCUCUCUUCCCACCAUCUCCUUGGUUCCAUCCAUGUACUUCAUCCUCUGUCUCCCUCGUGCUCUUUCCCUCGAUCAUCCCCAAGAGACAGUCUCUCUCAAGACCAUCCCCCCUCUCGAUCAUCCCCAAGAGACAGUCUCUCUCAAGACCAUCCCCCCUCAAAACAUGCCCCAGAUACCCAAGCUGUCUCCUUUUCACUGUGGUCAUCAACUCCGUUGUGCGGGCCAUCUGUAACACUUGCUGGUUUGUCCUUGCCAUUCAUGGGACCCUCAUAAUUCUUCUGAUGAACCACAUCUCUGCUGCCUCCAGUCUCUUUUUCAUUUCCUUACUAACAAUCCAGGUUUCACAACCACUCAAGUCUUCAAAAUUCUUAGCAGGAUCCCAGUGCUCAAACUCCUGCUUGUCAGUAUCCUCAUUUGUCCAAAAUUAGUUUUCCCC